CCCCUCCAGCAUUUCUUCUUCUAUUCAAAUCUACUACUGGCGCUGCCUCGCUUCGAAUAUUCUCCAACUUUUUCCUUUCUUUUCUUCCCUUCGCUCUCCGUUCUAAAAGGCUCUCGCCACGAAAACGGCGCAUACUUCUCGGUUUAUCCACAAUAAUUCCCAUUACCGGAUUUACAGUUACAUUACUCUCUGGCUUAGAGCAAGCACCACAUACAAAUAGAUGGAGGGUGUCGUUCAUGAGCGAAGAAGAGGAAUACGCCCUAUGUCAUGAGGGGUUUAUGAGAGAAAUAGCAAAUUAUGCAGAUAGACUUGUCGGACAAGAUAAGAAAGAUGUAGUGCUCGUUGCUCAUGUUGCUACGAAUUUAGCAAAUGGAUUAGACGAUAAGAUGAAUCGGUUACGCAAUGUUAGUAUUAACAAUGUCGAUAUAGAAAAUGAAAAUUUUGGAAUUGUUGACAUCAAUAAUGAGAAUAUAGGAAACGGGAAAAUUGGUGAUGGCGUUAAUGAAGUAAACAAGGACUUUUACCCGAGAAAACAGACAGAGUUGAUUAAAUUAAAAACAAACUUUAAAGAUGAAUCAGAGGAAGCGAGUGCGAAUCUGACUGGCGAAGCAAGGCCGUUUUAUAUUUAUGUUGUUGAUGAAGACAAUAUCGUGAAUGCGUGUGCCUUUGGAGCUACAAGAAGGAUUAUUGUGUAUACAG